UAGAAAGGGCCGGGCCGGGCCGGGGGCGCAGCGGCUGAGCCCGGAGCGCAGGGCCCACGCUGCCGGCAUGGCUCUGGAUUUCCUGGCGGGAUGCGUCGGCGGUGCUGCUGGUGUGCUGGUGGGACACCCCUUUGACACUGUGAAGGUCCGUCUGCAAGUUCAAAAUGUAGAGAAACCUCUCUACCGUGGGACUUUCCAUUGCUUUCAAUCCAUCAUAAAGCAAGAAUCUGCUUUUGGACUCUAUAAAGGUAUUGGGUCACCAAUGAUGGGACUGACGUUCAUUAACGCUCUGGUGUUCGGUGUGCAAGGAAACACCCUCCGUGCUCUGGGCAAAGACACUCCUCUGAACCAGUUCAUUGCAGGCUCAGCAGCAGGGGCCAUCCAGUGUGUCAUCUGCUGCCCCAUGGAGCUGGCCAAGACAAGGAUGCAGCUUCAAGGAACGGGAGAAUACAAACUGAAAACGAAGAACUACAAAAAUUCUCUGGACUGUUUGAUCAAAAUCUACCAGAAGGAAGGGCUGAGGGGCAUCAACAGGGGCAUGGUCUCUACCUUCAUCCGAGAAACUCCAAGCUUUGGCUUUUACUUCCUCACCUAUGACUGCAUGACUCGGUACCUGGGCUGUGAGGCUGAGGACAGCUAUGUUAUCCCCAAGCUGCUGUUUUCUGGGGGGAUGUCAGGAAUCGUGUCCUGGCUCUCCACGUACCCCAUGGACGUGAUCAAGUCGCGGCUGCAGGCCGACGGCGUCGGGGGCGUCACGCAGUACAGCGGCAUCCUGGACUGCAUCCGCAAGAGCUACCACGAGGAGGGCUGGAGGGUGUUCACCAGGGGCCUCACCUCCACGCUGCUCCGGGCUUUUCCCGUCAAUGCAGCCACCUUUGCCACUGUCACUGUGUUCCUGAUGUACAUGAAGUCAGAGGACAACCUUCCCGAAUGUGAGCCGGCUCCGGUGAUCCCUCAGCCUUCCAGUCUGUGAAACUUCUCUCCUUGUUCUCCCCAUCCAAAGCCCAGCUGGUUGGGUUUUGUGAAACAUGAACACUCAGCCCACGCAGGUAGUGUAGAUUUAUGCUAUCUAUAAAGAAUUCCUAAAUGUAUCAAAUUGGGAUUUCAUCUCACUACUUGUAUAAGCAGUGUCUUGCCUUAUUCAAGAUUCCACAUCUAGUAGUAUUCAAGUAAGAGGGGGACCUGCCCUUAGAACGAUUCUGUGUAGCUCCAGAAGAGGCUCUGGAGAGUGUUCUAGCACCAGAAAUCGAGUUUUCUUUCACUCAGGUUCUGAAUGACCAAGUUGAGUUGAAUGCAGAAAUGCUUUCAUGAAAGAAAUACUCAUUUUGUAUGUGACAGGAGCCAGUGUACUCCUCUAAGGUGAAGAAGGGGAAGAAGUUUGGUGGUGGAGGCAUUUUGCAGGUAACCCUGAACUGUAAAGGCAUGGACUAGCAUUCAGCUAGUCCUGUGUUUUAGUUUUCCUUUGCUUUUAUAUGUCAAUGGUUUUAGUAGCAACUUUGUUCAUACUGAUUUGUAAAAAACAAACAAACAAAAAAAUUUGUACCUUAGUUACUCCCUGACCUUUCAGCUUUGAAUAAAUAUCUUAAGCACAAAGUUAGCGUCUGCACUCAAAUGCACUUGUUCCUCAAAUCUCAAGGCUUGUAAGGAUUUAGGGAAACUCAAAUGUAGUAGGACUGGUGUCGUUUGCCCUCACCUCUCUCUCAUUUGGUGGGUGCACGGACUGCAUUGAGUGCUUCAGUCCAGUGGACUUUGUUCUCUGAAGUUAAUGCAACUUUGCACCACUUCUCCCAACAUGCCCCAUAGCAGCCAGUGAUGUACAGAAGUCAAAGUCCUGCCUGUGGUAUUGCACAAAAUGUUUGUGGGUGCAAUGUUAGCUUAGCAGCCUGAAGUAUCUUAGAAAUAUGUAAAAUAUCUAGGAUUGGAGGUUUCAUACCUUUCCAGAAAACAGGGGUGUAAGUGUCUGAAAUGCCCACUGUUCAAUACACUUGCAUUAUGAAUUUAAACAAUACUGAUUUUUAUGUAGUUAGUUACAGUGCUACUGGAAAGAAGUCUGAAAAGGGUCUUAGAGAAUUUUCCUGUUACAUUAAUCUGCUGUAUUUUUUUUUACCAGUCUGUUCAAGAAGAAUUGAAUUAGCCAAAGAGCUACAAUGAGUUAUUUAAGAUUUGAGCUAAAAGCUACGCAUAUUUGGCACAAAGAGCCAGGAGGAAGGACUGUAUGUGUGUGAGCAAUGUUUUCAAACAUAUCAAACUAGUUCAGUAAGUACAACGUGUUACACUUUUGGUUGGGACAAGUGCAAUAUGUGUUUAAUAUAUAUGAAUUUUCUAAAGAAGCAUUGUUUCAUAGCAUUUUGCACUGUAACAAAAUAUGCUGGAGAAACCUGUACAAUUGGUAUGUCUUUUUAUACCUUGAAGGUAUGGUGGAUGUUUUAGUGCCUACUUGCACUGAGAUUCAAAUUGAAUGUUAAAUCUGUCUACUAAGCUGCAUAUGCACAACAAAUCACAGUGAAGACCAUUUACACCUUUGUACAGAAGUAUGUCAAUUCUUGUAUAUAUAUAUAUAUAUUGAGGGAAUAAAUUUUUUUAAAAUUUU